AUGCAGGCCUCAUAUAAACGACAUAGUGUUAACAAGGAAGAUCAUGUGAUAAGGUUAAUACUGGUUAACAAUGGAGAAAGAUUGCAUAGCUCUGCUUGGGGGAUUGACAUCAUCAAAGAAAUAAAACCUUCUUUGAAUGGUCAUAGGUUCAUAGUUAUAACAAUUAACUACUUCUCGAAAUGGGUCAAAGCCGAGUCAUUUACCACAAUGGGGGCAAGGCAGAUGGCCAGAUUUAUAGAAAGAAACUUGAUCUGCAAAUAUGGGGUCCUAUAUCACGUCAUGACGGAUAAUAGGGUACAGUUUAUGGGUGAGAUAGCGGACCUGCUAGCAGAAUACAAGAUCGAGUAUCACAGCUCUUCUCUGUAUAGACCUCAGGCGAAUAGAGCGGUAGAAGCAGCCGACAAGAAUGUAAAGAAAAUACUUUCGAAGAUAGUAUGGAAUCACAAGGACUGGUCAUUUCGAUUACCCUUUGCACUUUAG